UGUACCCAUUUAAGUGAAAAUAAAAAAUGUUCUCUCCCGAGUACCAAUUCAAGUCGAAACCCAGGAAUUGUAAAGUUACUUCUUAACAACGCUUCGUUUGCUAGUUCUGGUUUCGCAAUAGAAAUCGAGAAGUUGAACUAUUUUAUUCUGCCAUAUAAAUAAAACAUUAAUUUCGAAAUGGUUAUGUGACGUCACUGCGAUAAAUAAAACAAAACGCCAAUGCAACAAUUCUCUUUUUAACAGACAUCUGUAGAUCAAAGUGAAAAGUAAAAGGAAAAACUUACCACAUAUGUUCUGUGACUUACAAUUGGUUUUGAAUUUGAAUGUCGGUUUUCUUAACAACGAGUUUUGUCAAUAAUAUCAUUUUAUAAAUGGUCUUAUCUGUAUUUUAUUCAUAUUAUUUAAACAUUUAAAUGUCGGGCUUACCAAAGUUACCCGGGUAUACAUUUAACGAUCCCAAGUUAUCAAAGUUUCAUCGUACGCAAACGUUCUUUAUUUAUAAUGGCUAUAAAUUACCCAAAACCAGCUACCCGGGUAUUGGCGGUCAAGAACAUGAGACAAAUUCGGUCAAAUACAUAAAAAAUAAUGAUUCCACAUACUACAAUCCUUCAUUAACCUAUGGAAGAACUAAAUCAAAACCUCGGUCCAAUUUUAUUCCCCAUUUUGCCCUAUAUGAUCAAAAGUGCCUUACAUUUAAGGCGUUUUUUAAACAAUCAGUUACCGAGUCACCUCAAGAAUUUUAUAGAGUUAGGCAUGUAAAUAUAAUAUACUUCCUUGAGGAUGACAGCAUAACUAUAAUAGAGCCAAAAAUAGAGAAUAGUGGUUUAGAACAAGGAAGGCUGAUUAGAAGAGCAAAAUUACUUAAAUACAAUGAUGGCACUUAUUGGCACUGGACAGACUUCGCGGUCGGAAGAGACAUGUGUUUUUAUGGAACUGUUUAUCAUAUUGUGGAUUGUGACUUAUUUACAAGGGAAUAUAUGGCUAGUCAAGGAUUAGACAUGAGUGAGCCUGAGGAAAUUCCAUAUGAUCCGUAUAUUUAUAAUAGGGAAUUAAAAGUUAAACCUCAUGUUACGAGCACGCCAUCUGCCCAUGAUAAAUUGAGGAGAUUUUUGGAAUAUGACGGAAAGAUACUUAAAUUUAAAGCUGUGUGGGAUGAUAGAGAAAAUGAAUAUGGGGAACUUAUGAAAUUUGAAAUUUUAUAUUUUUUGUCAGAUGACACAGUAUUGGUCAGGAAUGUACUGCAGGCCAAUAGUGGAAGAGACCCAUAUCCUAUCUUAUUGAGGAAAACUAAACUGCCAAAGAUUUAUUCAGCCACUCCCGUAACAUAUCCAUCAUUGUACUUAGAAAAAACUGAAGCUGAAGUUACUGAAUUCUACCAGCCCAAGGACUUUUUAAUUGGAAGUACUAUAUUUGUAUUAGGUCGAGACAUGUUGCUAUAUGAUUGCGACAAAUUCACUAGAGAAUAUUUUAAAAAUGCUCUCGGAAUUGAGCAGAAAUCUGCUAUUGAUAUAGAGGAACCUAAAAAAACCAUCUUGGCCCCCCCCGUACCGGCACACGAUGGACUAGGAAGCCUGGAGGACUCUUUACAGAAUACAUUGACUUUUAUGCCAAAAGCACCUAAGAAAAAUGUGACAAGACAAUUACUUAAUGCAAAUAAAUUUUUACGAUAUGAAAUGGUUAUGGAUGCGGUGCAUUCUGAAGAUUCUACUCGUCGAUUUAUUUUGUCUUAUUCGUUAGCAGAAGGGACGUGUAAAAUUCAUGAACCUCCAGUAAAAAAUUCUGGCAUUAUAGGAGGAAAAUAUCUUAGGAAUACACUUCUUGCUAAGCCAGGUUCUGACCCUCUUAAUCCAGACUUAUACACGCCCGCAGAUUUUUACAUUGGCGCAAUAAUAAUAGUAUUUGGACAAAGGUUUAAGAUAACGGGUGCUGACUUGUAUGUGUACAGGUAUAUGCAAGAGAAUUGCAGUAAGUUCCCUUGCGAGGUUAUUGAGAAUAUGAGGAAUUACAUGUGCGGAAGAGGUUAUCUGAAGGAUGAUAUUGAUGACCUUAUAAAAGACAAUUUAGCUGAGGAGAAGAAAGAUGAUGAUGUUAAUGAUGAACUCCAAAUACAAAAGAGGGUUUCUGAUUAUCAAGAUUGCACGGCGAGCACGAAUCUCACUGUCCCCAACAGAAACAUAAAACAUACAGAUGAUAAAAACUAUUGUGAAGAAAAUACAAAAGUGAUUCACGAGUAUGAUGAUUCCAUUAGCCAACAUGCUACAGAUCCCAGUAAUCAGAAAUGUAAAUAUCCUGUUCAUGUAGGAGAACCAAAAGAUAUGAAAUGCGAUGAAGAUAUUGAAGGUCAAUAUACCUUUUACACACCAAAACAUAUUGAUACACCUGAAGAGGUCAUUCAGAAAUACUAUGCUCGAGUUUUGAGAGAGCACCAGAAUAUAUGCAACACAGAAGACCCCAUAGAAUGCGUAGAAUAUAAGCCUACAGAAAAAGACCUUUUGAGAGCUGUGGAACAAAAACCAUAUCCUUUAAUGGUUAAUCCGCCUGAUAUCAAAUCUGAAACAUGCAAGUACAAGAAGAAAGUGGUACAAUUUGCUUCUGACAGAUGUCAGCAAGACGCGAAUUAUGUAUGUGAUAUAAACACUGAAAAAGACAACUGCGAUUGCACCAAUUAUAAAAAGGAAUGCCUGUAA